AUGGCAGAUCAGUCACAAGCAUCAUGUAAGACUACUGGUAACAAUAAUACAGCAACUGGACCAGCACCAGCUUCUUCUUCCGAAUAUAUCAAAUUGAGAGUUGUAGGACAGGACUCGAACGAGGUACAUUUUCGUGUGAAGUUUGGCACAAGCAUGGGGAAACUGAAAAAGUCUUAUGCAGAUCGAAUGGGUGUUGAUGUUGGUUCAUUGCGCUUUUUAUUUGACGGACGGCGAAUCAAUGAUGAAGAUACUCCUAAGACACUGGAAAUUGAAGAGGAUGAUAUAAUUGAAGUUUAUCAAGAGCAAGUUGGUGGUCAUUUUGUUCAGUAA